GUGCUGUUAUUACUGUCCAAAAAUGCAAAUGUUUUUGUCAGAAACUGUGAAGGACAAACAGCAAGAGAUAUUACUGAAACCGAUGACAUAAAGAAACUGCUCAAAGCUGCUGAAGAUGCAGAUAUAAAGAAGAAAAAUUCUGCAUUAUUACAUGCCGCUCGUGAAGGUGAUACACAAGUUAUUGAGGCUCUUCUUAAAAGUGAUCAUCCUCCUGACAUAAAUUGCACUGAUUCAUUAGGAAAUACUGCAUUGCAUUGUGCUGCAUAUCGAGGAAAAAAAGAAGUUGCUGUUUUAUUACUGCAGAAUGGUAUUGAUACAUCGAUCAAGAAUUUAAGAGGACAACUUGCAAUUGAUUUAUCAUUGAAUCUUCCUAUGAAGCAAAUACUUGGAGUGCAGCCUGUGAAACAUUUUCAAAAGACAGCUUCAAGAUUUGAAGGAUUAAUUUUACGGAAAAGUAAAUUCCUUGGCUGGAAAGAGGUAUGGACUGUUUUAGACAAAGGAGUGAUGUCUUUUUUUACAUCAAGGGCGGACUCGACAACUGGUACAAGAAGAAAGGGCUAUAAAUAUUUAGAUGGUGCCCAAAUUGAUCUGGACAGUACUGACAUUGCCUCUUUUACAGUAACUUUUUCCGACAAUACUAGACAACGCUUCAGUGUGCCUUUUGUUACUCAUCAGCAAGUUGAUCGCCAGAAAUGGAUAAAUGCCGUCAAAGAACAUGUUGACUUUAGCAGCCAUUACUUGAAGCAAGGCUUUUCCGAUUCUGAUCCUGAAGAAGAUGAUGUAAUUCCUGUCGGGACUAUGCAAGACAAGCUUCAGACUGCUCAAGCACAUUUACAACUAUUUGAGAAACAUGUGGAAAAUUUACACUCAGCUUUUGCCAAAUUAAAAAAUAACAAUGUGUCUGGUUUGAAUGAAUUACAGCUGAAUGGAAUUCCUAAUGAAGUGGAACAUUUGAUUGAAUAUGCCAAAAAAGUGUCUUCUAGUUUGUCUCAUUGCCUUACAGUAUUUGCCCAGCAAGAAGAGGUACGUUUGCUGCAAGUAAAGCAACAGCAGGAAAGAUGUCGUGUUUUGCAAGAUGCAUUGCAUGCUUUGGCUCAGGAGCAUCAUGAGUUAGAAAAAUCUUUCGUUAGUCCUUUUCAUUCCCCGCCUAAUUCACCACAUUAUCAAGAUACCGAUUGUGAUGAAUUUUUUGAUGCAGAUGAAGGAGAUUAUUCUCCUCCAACAAGCAAAAGUGGAAAAGAUGACUCCAUUUCCAGCUCUGACACUGCAGUUGCUACAGAGACAGGCAUAUAUGCAUCAUUUUCAUCAAAUUCAUCAACUCCUGAAAUCAUGCAAAGUCCUCUAAAAACAAAAUGGGGAAGGCCAACACUACCUGUUCCCCAAUUUUCCCGGAAUGAUUUCAGUGUCUGGAGUAUCCUGAAGCAGUGUAUCGGAAAAGAAUUGUCAAAGAUUACAAUGCCAGUCGUCUUUAAUGAACCAUUAAGUUUUUUACAAAGAAUUUCUGAAAAUGUGGAGUAUUAUCAUUUAUUAGAAAAAGCAAAUCUGUCUGAAGAUCCCGUUAAAAGGUUAGAGUAUGUUUCUGCUUUUGCUGUUGCCUGUAUAUCUUCUAAUUGGGAGAGACUUGGUAAACCAUUCAAUCCUUUACUUGGAGAAACCUAUGAACUUGUGAAAGAUGGUUUUAGAAUUGUAACCGAACAAGUCAGUCAUCAUCCUCCUAUAACUGCAUUUCAUGCUGAUUCACCACAUUUUGUUUUUUCUGGAGCAAUCCAUCCAAAACUAAAACUUUGGGCAAGAUCUGUUGAGAUUAAACCUGAAGGGACUGUUAUUGUAAAAUUAUUAAAGUACAAUGAAAUAUACACGUGGACAGGGGUUACAUCCUGUGUUCAUAAUAUAAUUGUCGGCAAAUUGUGGAUGGAACAAUGUGGUACAAUGGAAAUUCAGUGUCAUACUACUGGCUUAGUUGCUGAAUUGAAUUUUAAACCAGCUGGAUGGUAUAGCAAAGAUCUGAACUGUGUUGAAGGUUUUAUUCAUGACAAACAGAAGUCAAAACUACGUUUCAUCUAUGGAAAAUGGUGCAACUUUAUUAGGAGCACGGAACCUUAUUUAUACGAUGAAUAUCUUGUUCUGAAAGACCAGAAAGCAUCAGGAAGUGAACGAACAUCCAAUACAAAAGACAGCUCAAAUUUGCUGCACUAUACAAAAAAUCAAAGAAAGAAAAGUCUUUCAGCAAGUAUCGAUGGUGACAAAACAGAAUUCAGAACAUUAGCAGAUUUACCUUCUACUUUGCUUUGGGAAGCUGAUCCCAGACCAGAUUAUUCAUCUGAGUAUUACAACUUUACAUAUUAUGCAAUGGCAUUAAAUGAAUUAGACGAAGAAAUGAAAAGUGUACUUCCACCGACAGAUUCCCGACUAAGGCCAGAUAUCAGGAAGUUAGAAGAAGGUGAUGUUGAUGGAGCAGCAUUUGAAAAGAAUCGCCUAGAAGAAAAACAAAGAGAAGCUAGGAAAAUAAGAAAAAAAGAGAAAACUAUAUUUGAGCCUGUUUUUUUCAGUAGCAAACCUCAUCCAUAUGCCAAAGAGGAAUUCUGGUGCUAUAAAGGUGGAUAUUGGGAAAGAAACUUUUCUGACUGUCCGGAUAUAUUUUAAAGAGAACUAAAUUAUAUUUUAUACUCAAUCAAGAAAUAUUUUUUAUAUCUCAUUUUAAGAGACAAAACUUUGAAAGGUGAUAUGCUCACAGUUUCAUUAAAUGUUGAACAUAGUCUACUGUUGGACACAGAAUAUUUUAUUUAUGUUAAUAUUGAUUGUAAAUCACACACAUUGUAUAAGUUGUAAAUAAUUGUCUGUAAUAAAUUUUAUAAACUUUU